GCAAGAGAGAAGGUAUUUGGCGCCGGAGUCAACACAGGUCGUGCACCUCCUGGUGACUGUUCGACCACGUUUUCUAGUUGUACAAAGGCAUCCAGCUGCAAGACCGGUGGAGUCCCCAUCCCCUCCACGUCCACAAUAAAGAACCCGGUUGAACAAGAAAACAUAAAAAUUUCUGCCAGGAGCCACACCGGUGUCUCCGGCAAGACGAAACCCAUCGUGCGGCCCAAGAACGACGACCUGGAAUGGUUGCACAAGGUCUGGAUUCUGUUGGUUUACCCGGGACGGAAAGACAAAAAGCCAACGAGUCAGAUGAAAGCAGCCGCUGUGGCGAAGAAGAACGCUGAUCAUGCAGUGCCGGAACGAGUAGAAGAUUCCUCCAAGACCAAGACCGAACCGAAAAAUAAACCCACGACGACCUACACCGGUUGCAGUCCUGGGAUCCCAAAAAACUACUUGCUUCCCCCACCGCUGCACCUGCACCGCACGACCAAAUCCUUCGGAGCUAUCUUACGCGUCGCCAAGGAAAGGCUGGGAAAGCAGCACAAUUUCGGGAGGCUGCACGAAGAGGAUGCCGUCAUGCGGACGGAGUCACUGUUUUCCGCUCGACCGGACAAGGGUAAAAAUAAAGUAGUGACAAAAGAAAAGCCUGAGGGAGUGCUGGCGCAGGGCGUUCUUGGAACGAACACCACCGAACGCAGAACGACAAGGGAUGAAGACCAGCCACAUCA